GGCAAAGGGACUCUGGAGCCCAUGAUAAUAAUAUGGAUUAGCUUUGAGCAGGUUUCAGCUCAUGCAGGCAUCUAGGAUAGCUUUUCUGCUGUGCAUGCUUUCUCCGUCUGGUCAAUGGCGGUAGCUGCUUGCGCCCGGCCCAGUCCCGUGUGUUCCUUUUGCAGUAGUCGCUUCCUCUCACUAAAAAGACCACCAGCAAUUCCGACACCUCCACAUUUCCGAAGCAAGCGGAAUCAAGCGCCCAAUCUUCUGACCGGCGCCACCAAAAGCAACUCAUUUACCAACUCACAUCCUUCGAUAUCUUCCCCACUAACAAUUCACAGGUUUGUCCCCCCCACUUUUCCCUUAGCAUUGCACACAAAACCCACCCACUUUCCAGUCCCGAUGGCUUCCUCCUCCCCUGACCUCUCCAUGAAGAAACCGGACUCCAAACAAGCCCAGCAAAGCUCGCCCUUCCCAUACCGCCAGUUCCUGUCUGUGUCGCCCUACCAACCACCAAUCUGGGCGCGCCACCUGGCGCCCGUCCCUCCCGCGCGCAUGAACCUUGGACAAUUCCCCACGCCCAUUCACCGAUGGGCCCUCCCAGAUCUUCCGGAGGGUCUAGAGGUUUACAUAAAGCGGGAUGACCUCACCGGGUUGCAGCUGAGUGGGAAUAAAGUGCGCAAGCUCGAGUUUCUGAUCGCGGAUGCGAAAGCGCAGGGGGCAGACUGCGUGAUCACAAUCGGGGGGAUCCAGAGCAACCACUGCAGGGCGACAGCUGUCGCCGCGCGCUACGCGGGGCUGGACACGUUUCUCAUAUUGCGGACAAGCAAGGUUGUAGUGGACCAAGACCCGGGGCUCGUGGGCAAUCUCUUGGUGGAGCGAAUGGUGGGCGCUCACAUCGACUUGGUCACCAAGGAAGAGUACGUCCGGCACGGGAGCAUGGCGCUGGGGAAGCAACUGAUGGAAAGACUGCAGGCCCAAGGGCGAAAACCGUACCUGAUCCCCGUCGGCGGCUCCAACUCCCUCGGGACGUGGGGGUACGUCGAGGCCGUGCGCGAGAUCGCGCUGCAACUAGAGGCGGGGCAGGCGUGCCGCGCCGACGGCUUCGAUGACGUCAUCAUGGCGUGCGGGAGCGGGGGCACGACGGCGGGCGUCGCGCUCGCGGCGCAGCUAAGCGGGAUGAAGGCGAAGGUGCACGGUUACGGGGUGUGCGACGAUGAGGAAUACUUUUACGAGUACAUACAGGGCCUUUUGGACGGUUUGAACGCUGAGGUGCGCUCGCGCGACAUCGUCCGGAUGAUAAAUUCGAAGGGGCAGGGGUACGCUAUCAGCACGCGGGAGGAGCUGCAGUUCGCCAAAGAGAUUGCGCAGCAGACGGGGGUCAUUCUAGACCCCGUAUAUAGUGGCAAGGCGCUCCUCGGAUUCUUGAAGGACGUCCGAGCGGAACCGGAAAAGUGGGCGGGGCGGAAAGUGCUCUUCAUCCACACGGGCGGCCUCUUGGGCAUGUACGAAAAGGCGGACCAGUUGCAGCCGUUGAUACAAGACUGGAGGCGAUUCGAGUUUACAUAGACGGGGCGUCCCCACACGUGACUCCUCUACAACACUACAAGGACACUUCUGUGCUUAAACUGUACCUGAUGUCGCUGGCAUUCAGGAUCACUGCUGUUCUGAGGGACCGUGAGAACGGAGUAACGGCGGCUUGACGGUGUCGGGAGAAAUGGGUGCUCUCGCGCCGUCUUUGAAAUGGGCGUCGCUUGCGGGGCAACAUCUAGUUAACGGACAGCGGCUUCGGCCGCUAGCAUAAUUGUCGAAGUAAUAAGAGUAGCAGGCUGACUGACUAUGCAGGAGUAGGCCCGUAGAGGCACUCUUUCGCAAUGACGGUCUUGGUUUGUGGUUUGGAGCACGGGAGCUGCUUAAGCACUGCAAGCUGAAAGAUGAGGCUGCAAUCAGUACUGAUCCGAGCCACAAAAGAAUAGAAGGACGAUUCAGAUGCGAGCGUUCAGAUUUGAUAUGCAGCCUGCCGCGUCUUGGAACUCGCGUCGGGCUUCAACAGCAGCUUGCCGACAUUUGUUGGUCGACUGUUAGCAUUGCUGAUGUUUGAGUUGAAAUUUGGGUCGGAUUGCACACCGGGAAAAGUCGGAUUAGGUUUAUGUCGGGGUUGUCCACCCCUCAGUGUACAGAACGUUCACACGCCAGAUCAAGGAGAGAUUCGGGCGUAAUAGGGACGUUUAGUCGGACACUAUAUCAAGUUAGAUGAUGAUAUGCUAGUAGGGCAACAGGAGGCUUGGCAUGAUGUCUUACACUGAGUUUUGGCAUCAUGCUGACGUUCAUGACAGCCGCCCUGCGUGUCAUGAUCAUUCAAGAUGAUCCUCUUCUUUGCAACUUUCGUACGCCUGUCCAUACAGAAAGGACCCCGGUUCGGACGAUUGCUACAAUACGGACUUCGUAAUGGC